GCGGAGCGGCGCCCCCGGCAGCGGCAGCGCCAUCGCCGCGAUGUCCUCCGACUUCGAGAGCUACGAGCAGGACUUCGCCGUGCUCACGGCAGACAUCACCGGCCGCAUCGGGAAGGUGCCGAAGCUGGUAGGAGAUGAGAAGAAGCAGAUGGUUGCAAAUGUUGAGAAACAGCUCGAAGAGGCGAGGGAACUGCUUGAGCAGAUGGAACUUGAAGUUCGAGAGAUCCCACCCCAAAGCCGAGGGAUGUACAGCAGUCGAAUGAGAAGCUACAAACAAGAAAUGGGAAAACUUGAAGCUGAUUUUAAAAGGUCACGAAUUGCCUACAGUGAUGAGGUGCGGAAUGAACUCCUGGGGGAUGACGGGAAUUCCUCAGAGAACCAGUUGAUAAAAUUACGUGAAGAGAGGGCACAUCUGCUCGAUAACACAGAGAGGCUGGAAAGGUCAUCUCGGAGACUAGAGGCUGGAUACCAAAUAGCAGUGGAAACCGAGCAGAUUGGACAGGAGAUGCUUGAAAACCUCAGCCAUGACAGAGAGAAGAUCCAGCGUGCUCGGGAAAGGCUUAGAGAAACAGAUGCAAACCUGGGGAAGAGUUCCAGGAUUUUGACGGGAAUGUUGCGAAGGUAAGGCCAAGGAUCAUCCAAAACCGGAUUUUGAUCGUUGUGCUGGCAGUCAUCAUCAUCUUCACCACCAUGAUGGCUAUUUAUUUUUCUGUCAGGGGACGCUGAUAUCUUUGUUCUUCACUAAACAGCAACAAACUGCUUGUUCUGAGUAAUUAAGACAAAGUGGUCACAUGAAUCAUUCUCUUGCACUGACAGAGUCUCCCUCUCUUUUCCACUCUUCAACUCAGGUGCAAGUGGUGUAAAAUAUUUUGUAUUAUUGAUGGCAUAGUUGAUGGCAUGUGGGGCUGUUUUUUUCUUACAUAUUUGUCCUUAUCUGAGUGUUUUCAGGAUUUUAAUAUUUGUUGGAGUGAUGGCUUGUUCUGUUAUAAAAAGAAUUAAUGUGUAUCGAAUUCACCCACAGCCAAUUAGCCUGUAAGUUGCCAGAGUUUCAUGAGGGAAGAGGGGGUUUUGCACUUUUCUUGUGCUGUGCAGGGUGUAUGAAUAUCAAACAUUAUCUGACCUUCUGUAAUUUAGAAUAUAAGUAAAGCAGAGACCAAAUGAUGUGGAAAGUGAACCUGUCUCCUGUGGCUAACUCCCAAUCACGCAUUAUCAUAGUAGAUGUAAUCUGGUUAAGAACAGUAGCUAGUUUUAAAAAGGGAGCAACCUUAGGAUGGUGUUUAAUGUAUGAUGUAAAUCCAAAACUCAAUUUAACAAUUUUUUGUUUAAAGUUAGGCUUUCUUUUCUGCUUAUUCCAAGUAAUUCCACUUUCAUCAAGAUCAUGAAAACGCAUCACUUACCUAAAAUGUAGUUGUGCCUACAGCCCAUCUGCUGAAUCUCUUUUAAAUCUUCCAGUGUUGAUAUAUGUACUGAUAAGCAUUACACACUAGGCCCUUAAUGAAGAUAUUUAAAGAUACUUAUCUAUUUGUUGCCGAUUGAAAAGAGAUCUUAAGUAAUAGUUCAGCAACAAAUGUGUGAUUAAGAGUGCAUUAAACAAUCUAGAUUUUUAAUACUGGCCUGACUAUGUUGAGACUGCAUGUUGGAGUAUUUUGAGUGUAUUAAAUUCUGAUGUGAUAUUCCCCUUUUUAAACAGAAACUGUAAAAAUGUUAAUUUAUAUAUGCUUUUAGCUGAUAUAAUAUAUCAUAGUUUCAUCUA